GCAGCGGUUAACGCCUCGGCAGCGGUGGAUUCAAACUGAAGAUGAAAGAUGGCCGCGGAGAAAGACACCGAUGUAAAUAAUCGAGACAGAAGGGGCACGGUGUGUAAUGUGGUGAUCAGUCAGGAGUCAGAAACGUGCGGUAGUGGAGACGGACGGCAACCCAUCAUCUUCAACCCUGACUUCUUCGUGGAGAAGCUGCGUCACGAGCGGCCCGAGGCCUUCACCGAGCUGGUCCUGAGUAACAUCACGCGGCUCAUCGACCUCCCGGGGGCCGAAUUCUCUCAGUUACUAGACGAGGAGCCCAAGACGCCCAAUGGCACUGCGGCCGGAGGCUUCUUCCGCUCCUUCAACUUUCUCAAACGCAAAGACAAAUGUGUGGUGUUCGGCACACCUCUCACGGAGGAAGGAAUAGCCCAGAUAUAUCAACUCAUUGUGUACCUCAGCAAAAAUCUGCAUGUGGAGGGUCUGUUUCGGGUCCCUGGGAACAGCCUGAGACAGCAGACGCUGAGAGAGCAGCUCAACAGCGGCGCAGACAUCGACUUCUCCUCCGGGGACUUCCAUCCCAAUGAUGUGGCCACGCUCCUCAAGAGCUUCCUGGGGGAGCUGCCCGAGCCCCUGCUGACCCAGCGGCACCUGCACGCUCACCUGAAGAUCACAGAGCUGAGCCUGUUUGACGAUCAAGGCAACAAGACGAGUCUGCCGGAUAAGGAGCGUCAGAUCGAGGCGCUGCAGCUGCUGCUGAUGCUGCUUCCCACCGCUAACAGAGCCCUGCUGAAGCUGCUGCUGGACCUGCUCUACCACACCGCCAAACAGCAGGACAAGAACAAGAUGUCUGCGCACAACCUGGCGCUCAUGUUCGCCCCGCACGUCAUUUGGCCCAAGAACAUGAAUGCCAGUGACCUUCAGGAGAACCUGAAGAAACUGAACAGUGGCAUGGCGUUUCUCAUCAAACACUCACAGAAGAUCUUUCGGGCGCCGGCGUAUCUGAGGGAACAUGCCAGACUUCAGUUUGCAAACAGCAGAGUGAUUCACUCCAAGGACGAUCUGGAGCUGCUGUCGGCCAGCGGAUCUCCGUUCGUGUCUGUGUGUAAGAGGAGCGGAGCGCCUGUGGGCUUGGACCCAGACCAGCACACAGAAGAGGCGCUCCGAGAGCUCUGUCGACACGUCACCGAUCACAUGCCCAACUCUGCCAAGAAGAAAAAACUCAUCCGACAGCUCGGCAAGCAGUCGAGUCCCGGCACUCCUGUGAGCGAGAACACGACUCCGAGCAGUAAAAAACACGCGCGCUCUCGCUCCUUCGGAGGACUCAUCAAGAGGAGGGUUUUGGGGAGUCAGCCCGGCGCAGACAGGAGGGGGCGACACGUGUCUCCUCCGGGGAAGGAGAACAUCAGCCGUGAUCCGUCCAGCUGAACAACAUCAGUUGAAGGAGUCUGAAUGCGUGCAUCUCUGCUUCUUCUCCUGUGUUUGUCUGUAUCGUGGAUUCAGCCCCGAAGAGAAGACUUCACUCGUCUAGACGACCAGCGGAGAGAGUUUAUUUUAAUUAUUUAUUUCUUUUAUAUCCUGCGCUGUUUUAACAUACUAAAUGUUGAGACUAGUUUUCAUUUAAUGUGAAUUUUAUUUUAUUUUUAUUUUUUUAAUCUUCUUGGUUUGGUUUUAAACUGUUACGUCAGGUUUAAUGGGUAAACCACUUGUCAGUGACACUGACCCGUGAUAAGAGGAGCUCAUAUUGACAGUGUAUAUAUGUAUAGAUAUAGUUGCAUGUGCUGAUAUCUGUGCAUCUCACAUUAAUCACCCAAUUCAUGCUGCAAUCAGAUUUUAAGGGAACGAUAGACAACAUUUACUCACAAAAGUGUAUUACUGUCAUUUAGAGAUCUGUGAGAAUACAAACCGGUGUUUGUUUACAUAUAUAUCGUCUUAAUAACACUGUGAACAUUCAAAAUAUGGUAUUUUGUGACAAAUGUGAUUUUAUUUUUGUUUUUUUUAUAGACUCGAUGUCUCUUUUCUGGCCCAAAUCAUCAGCCGACUAAAGUUACGGUGUCAUUUAACCACUAAGUCAAAUAGGUUCAUGUAUUUUUGUAUGAAAAUUGAUUUCGGAGUAUGAUAAAUGUUGUGUUUUGGUGUUGAGAAGUGCAGAAAGGGUUAAUUUUGAAGGGUUUUGGGGCGAGGUGCUUGGCAGGUUUUGGUAUGUUACAGGUGAGAGGAUGAAGGUGCAGAGGCUGGGAUGUAAGUGUUCGACUGGGUGUUAAAGGAUGUUGUGUAAGGAAUCGCUGUUAAUGCAGGCUUGGCUUUGAUCCUGAACGUCUAUCUCAAAGCAGAGUGCAUGAUGUCACUUCCUUUCAUUGUCUUCAUAUGUGUAUAUAUAUAUAUAUAGCUCUUUUCAGAUUCCCUCGACUGAUUAAUUGAUUUUUCCUUUUCUCUCUCUCUUUUUAACGCCAAAUGUAGCCUUUCUAAAUCUAUAUUUUAAACCUGCAGUGUUGAAAAAGGGGUGGGUGGGUGAUUAACUUGUUUAAAAACUGGACAUAUGAAAUAAAACGUCUUUCACAUCAGUAAAAAAGCAUGCAAGCUUUCAAGUGUAAAAUGGCUUGUUAUUGGUGGACCUUGCAUUAUACGAAUUCAGAUACAUCUUCACAAUGAUCAGCGAUUGCUGAAGUGUUCAAGCUAAGAAGAGCAGCUAAACUCCUGAAGUUCUUCACGUUUAGAUUUGGGUGCUAUCAACAUUAUGGGAUGUUUAAUAUAAUUGUGUGUAUGUUUUUGUACAGAUGGUACGCACGGAGAUUGGGGGAUGUUGUUAAAAGAUGUGAUUUUUUCAAAUUGGGUAAAUCCUUGAUUUAGUUUUUAAAUCAAAAGUUUUAUAUUUUCAUGUUACAGUACCUAGAACUGGAUUUUUUUUUUAAAACAUCUUUUGUAUUUGAUCUGUGAAACAGUUGUUUUUGUACUUGAUCUGCUGUAGUACAACGAGCGCUUCUGUGUAUUUAAUUUUUGUAUAUAUAUAUUUUUUUUUUAUUAAAACCUUCCCCAGCUGA